GUUGCUCAGGCCUCCCUCAAACUAGCCAAUGAGAAGUGCACGGGUCCUGGUCGCCUAGGAAACCGCGUGACAACAAGAUGGCGGCGCCGCGGGACGGCUAGCGGCCGUGCGUGGGAGUUCCUGACAGCUGGAUUCUAGAAGUAGAACUAUGAGCUCACCUUUGGCCUCCCUUAGCAAGACCCGGAAAGUGCCCCUGCCCUCGGAGCCUGUGAAUCCUGGGAGGCGAGGAAUCCGCAUCUAUGGGGAUGAAGAUGAAGUGGACAUGUUGAGUGAUGGGCGUGGCUCAGAAGAAAAGAUCUCAGUCCCUUCCUGCCAUGGCGGCAUAGGUGCCCCUGUGAGUCGGCAAGUCCCUGCAUCCCAUGACUCGGAGCUGAUGGCCUCCAUGACGAGGAAGUUGUGGGACCUGGAGCAGCAGGUGAAGGCCCAGACUGAUGAGAUCCUGUCCAAGGAUCGGAAGAUAGCAGCCCUGGAGGACCUGGUGCAGACCCUCCAGCCACACUCAGCUGAGGCAACCCUGCAGCGGCAGGAGGAACUGGAGACGUUGUGUGUGCAGCUGCAGCGGCAGGUCAGGGAGAUGGAGCGGUUCCUCAGUGACUAUGGCCUGCAGUGGGUGGGCGAGCCCAUGGACCAGGAGGACUCAGAGAGCAAGACAGUCUCAGAGGAUGGCGAGAGGGACUGGAUGACAGCCAAGAAGUUCUGGAAGCCAGGGGACUCACUGGCGCCCCCUGAGGUGGACUUUGACAGGCUGCUGGCCAGCCUGCAGGAUCUUAGUGAUUUGGUGGUAGAGGGUGACACCCAGGUGACACCAGUGCCCGGCGGGGCACGGCUGCAUACCCUCGAGCCCAUCCCACUGAAGCUCUACCGGAAUGGCAUCAUGAUGUUUGAUGGGCCCUUCCAGCCCUUCUACGAUCCCUCCACACAGCGCUGCCUCCGAGACAUACUGGAUGGCUUCUUUCCCUCAGAGCUCCAGCGACUGUACCCCAAUGGGGUCCCAUUUAAGGUAAGUGACUUGCGCAAUCAGGUCUACCUGGAGGAUGGGCUGGACCCCUUCCCAGGCGAGGGCCGUGUGGUGGGCCGGCAGCGGAUGCACAAGGCCUGGGACAGGGCGGAGGAGCACCCAGUUCCCAAUGCUGUCCCUGCAGGCUCCAGGAUGACCGCUGAGAAAUUUCUGAACAGGCUCCCCAAGUUUGUGAUCCGGCAAGGCGAGGUGAUUGACAUCCGGGGCCCCAUCAGGGACACCUUGCAGAACUGCUGCCCAUUGCCUGCCCGGAUCCAGGAGAUUGUGGUGGAGACGCCCACCUUGGCCGCUGAGCGAGCGAGGAGCCAGGAGUCGCCCAACACGCCAGCACCCCCGCUCUCCAUGCUGCGCAUCAAGUCUGAGAAUGGGGAACAGUCCUUCCUACUGAUGAUGCAGCCUGAUAACACCAUUGGGGAUGUGCGAGCCCUGCUAGCGCAGGCCAGGGCCAUGGAUGCCUCUGCCUUUGAGAUCUUCAGCACAUUCCCACCCACCCUCUACCAGGACGAUGCACUCACGCUGCAGGCUGCAGGCCUCGUGCCCAAAGCGGCACUACUGCUGCGGGCACGCCGAGCCCCAAAUUCCAGCCCGAACUUCAGUCCUAGUCCCUGUCCUGGUCCCGGCCCCAGUUCCAGCCCCCAAUAAAGCGCCCGCCCCCUCAA